UGUUAAUUGUGAAACUAAUUCAGAUGUUGCUCUUGUCCUGUAGCUGUGAAUGGAUGAAGCACCAUGGCGAAUGUUAAACAGCUGCUCAAGAACUCACUGGAUGAACUGGUAGAAGAUGAACUAAAGGACUUUCAGUGGUAUUUAACAAAUGACCAUAGAGAUUUUUCAAAAGCUGAAAUGGAGAAUGCAGACAGGCGGAAGACAGUGGAUAAGAUGGUGUCAUGUUUUGGACCAGAAAGAGCUGUGAAGAUCACAGUGGACACACUAAGAAAAAUAAAGCAGAAUGACUUGGCUGAUCAGAUGGAGAAUACACAUAAGCAAGGUGCAGCUCCAGAGAACUGUAAAUCUUCUCCUCUUGAUUACACAAACACCAGCCAUGAACUAAAGGACAAAUUAAAGGAGGAAUAUGAGCAGAUAUUAAUUGGUAAUUCACAGACGGGUUGUCAGAAGUGCCUGGAUGAUAUUUACACUGAUCUAUAUGUGGUGGAGAACGAGAUUGGAGGAAGAGAGAAUGACCAUGAGGUGAUACAGAUGCAGUUAAAACACAACCAACAGACAGCCAAGGAAAAACCACUCAAGUGUAAUGACAUGUUUAAAGUUCAGCCUGACAAAGAUCGAAAAAACAGAAGAGUCCUGACACUGGGGAUCGCAGGAGUGGGAAAGACUGUGUCUGUCAACAAAUUCAUCCUUGACUGGGCUGAAGGAAAAGACAAUCAGGAAAUAGUCUUCAUAUUUCCACUGCCGUUCCGUAGACUGAAUCUGAUUAAAGAAGAAAAGUACAGUCUCAUAGGUCUGCUUAACAAGUACUUCUUUAGUAGACCGGGAGGACUGAGCUCUCUUCCUGAAGAACAAGGUAAGGUCAUGUUUAUCUUUGACGGACUGGAUGAAUACCGCUUUCAAUUGAACUUUAAGGAGGAUGAUGGAUUUACAGAUGUUGAUCAGGAAAUGACAGUGAGUGAGAUAGUAACACAUCUCUUAAAGAGACAGCUGCUACGCUCUUCCCUCAUCUGGAUUACAUCCAGACCAGCAGCAGCUAGUCUGAUACCCCAAAACUACAUUGAUCAGGUGACAGAGGUGCGAGGAUUCAAUGAUGAGCAGAAGGAGCAGUACUUCAUCAAAAACAGCAGUCCUGGGGUUGCUGGAAACAUCAUCGGCCACAUCAAGAAAUCUAGGAGUCUGUAUAUUAUGUGCCACAUCCCCGUCUUCUGCUGGAUCUCUCUCACUGUUCUUCAGCGUUUGCUGGGUCAAAAGAGCAAUGAAAAAACACCCACAACUCUCACAGAGAUGUACACCAGCUUCUUACUGUCUCAAAAGCAACAGAUGAAAGAAAAAUACAGCAAUGAUACUGAACCAGAAGCCAAUGCCUGGUCUUUUGAUGACAUUGUUCUGAAGCUUGGGGAACUGGCCUUUAAACAGCUGGAGGAAGGACAACUGAUUUUCUACAAAACAGAUCUGCAGAAGUGUGGCCUAGAUGUCAAGGAAGGGUCUGUGUUCUCUGGAUUAUGCACUCGAAUGUUUCAAGAAGAAAACCCUAUUUCAGGGGAACAGGUUUACAGUUUUGUACACCUCAGCGUUCAGGAGUUCAUUGCUGCUCUCUAUGUGUUUUUCACUUACAAAAGCAGGAAAGCAAAUCUAUUUCUUGAUUCAAGGAAAAAGGAACUGACAUGGAAACUCUCUACAAAGCCCCUGUUUAAACUUCAUAAGGAUGCAAUCAAGAAGACUUUACAAAGCAAGAACGGACACCUGGACCUUUUCCUUCGGUUCCUGCUGGGUCUCUCUCUGGAGUCUAAUCAGAGUAACCUGAAGGAGCUCCUGCCAGGACUUAAACUCAAACCUGAAAUCAUCAAAGACACAACUGAUUAUAUAAAAAAGAAAAUAGAGAAGGAGAAUUCAGCAGAAAGGACCAUCAACCUCUUCCACUGUCUGAAUGAACUGAAUGAUGACUUUGUGGAGGAACUCCAGAAGAGUCUGAGCUCUGGAAAUCUUACAGCUCAGUAUCUGUCCUCUGUUCAGUGGUCAGGUCUGGUGUUUGUGCUCCUGAUGUCAGACGAGACUCAAGAGAAGUUUGAACUGCAGAAAUACAGAAGAUCUGAUGGAGCACUGAAGAUAAUGAUACCAGUGAUCAAAAACACCAGAAGAGCACUCCUACAAUGCUGUAAUCUUUCUGCUCAGUCUUGUGGGAGUUUGUGGUCAAUUCUACAAUCCUCAAACUGUGUCCUGAUAGAGCUGGACCUGAGUAACAAUGACCUGCAGGAUUCAGGAGUGAAGCUUCUCUCUGAUGGACUGAAGAGUCCAAACUGCAAACUUGAGACACUGAGAUUUGUCAUGUGUAAACUCACUGCCGAAUCUUGUGAGAGUUUGUCUUCAGCUCUACAAUCCUCAAACUGUGUCCUGAGAGAGCUGGACCUGAGCAACAAUGACCUGCAGGAUUCAGGAGUGAAGCUUCUCUCUGAUGGUCUGAAGAGUUCAAGCUGUAAACUGGAGACACUGAGAUUGUCUGGCUGUAUGGUGACAGAGGAAGGCUGUGGUUUUUUGUCUUCAGCUCUGAGUUCAAACCCCUCACACCUGAGAGAGCUGGAUCUGAGCUACAAUCAUCCAGGAGAUUCAGGAGUCAAGCUGCUCUCUGAAAAACUGGAGGAUCCAAACUACACACUGGACAAACUCAAUCUGGAUCAUGGAGGAGAAACAAUGAUUACAGCAGGACCAUGCAAAUAUGCCCGUUUUCUCACACUGGAUCCAAACACAGCACACACUUGGCUCAGUCUGUCUGAGGAGAACAGAGAGGUGAAGUGGGUGAAGGAGGAUCAGCCGUAUCUUGAACAUCCAAACAGAUUUGAUAAUCAUCUUCAAGUGUUGUGCAGAGAGAGUGUGUGUGGACGCUGUUACUGGGAGAUUGACUGGAGUGGAAGUUAUGGUGUGUAUAUAUCAGUGUCAUAUAAGAGCAUCAGGAGGAAGGGAAAAGGUGAUGAGUGUGAGUUUGGACUUAAUGCUCAGUCCUGGAGUUUGUUCUGCUUAUCCUCCAGUUUCUCAUUUUCACACAAUCGCACACGGACUCAUCUUUCAGUAGAGCCGCUCAGCAGGAGAAUAGGAGUGUUUGUGGAUCACAGUGCAGGAACUCUGAUCUUCUACAACAUCUAUAGAGACACAAUGAACCUCAUCCUCUCAGUCCAGACCACAUUUACUGAGCCGCUCUACCCUGGGUUUAGGCUUACUCAUAAAUCAUCAGUGAAACUGUGCUGAAGACUGUGGAGAUUUACUUAUAAUCCUCUGCAGGAUCAGUCAGUAGCAGUAUCAAAUGUCUUUAGAAGUAAAGUUUAGUUUGUUUAUAGGUAUA